UUAUGAAAGGACUUUCAAUAUUUGCCAUUGGCCUCCUCGUGACGAUCAUCACCGAGACACACUGUACCCCCGGGGGUCUCGGUCCACAGGAGUUUGCAGGACCAGGAGAAGAGGCCCUAGUUCAAAAGAACAGAGACGCCAUUAUUCGAAGACUACCAUCUUAUGUUGAAGGGCCUUUUGGACCUUUAAAAGCAUUGGUGUUUAAAAAACAAGUCGUAAAAGGAACAAACUACUUCAUUAAGGUAAAAAUGCAAGGAGCUCGACCUCGCUACCUACACGUGAAAAUUUACACCAACAUGAAUAAUCAUAGUAACGUGAAGGAUGUCAAAUUUGUGGCGCAGUACGAUCCAAUUGAAUAUUUCUAA